AUGUGCUUAACAACUACUGAUCCCAGUCAAGAUAAUACAACAACCACUGAUCCUACCUUCAAUCAAGAUAACACAACAACCACUGAUCCUACUUUCAGUCAAGAUAACACAGCUCUUGUAAAAAAGAUGCCAAAAAAAAGAAAAUCGGCCUUCAUGCAAGCACAUAGUACAAAUAUUAAAGUUAUCGAUCACCACCAUCAGGCUAUAAAUCUUGAUAACGAUAAACAAAGCGCUGUAGUUCCAAAGGAUAAUGUUUCAUCAUUAUUAAAAAAUUGUUUUUAUUUCUCUGUUCGAAAAUCUAAUAAUAUCGAAAAUAUAUCUGAACACAGUGCACAAGAUUCUGGCGGAAAGCGAAAAAGAGAGCAUGGGGUAAAAAAACCGCACAUAAAACAAGAGCUGGUAAAAAGUCAAAAAACUAAAAUUUGGUAUGAUCAAAAAG